UAUCAAAACAGCUGUUCAGUUGCAAAUUGUAGGCGUUGAAAAUGCAAGCGUAUUGUUCUAUGGUUUUUAAGCUAAAUUAAGGAACUAAAAACGCAGAAACCAUGCCUAUUAUGUACAAUACAGGCGAGUGGUUCAAGGUACGACCGGACUACUACAGAAAAGUGGAACUGGCUACGCCCGAUUGGCCACUGGAUCUGGACUUGGAGUAUAUGGUAGUGGAGGCGGCUCCUUAUGGAGGACCACUGGCCACCACUCGAGAUCCCACCAAAUUGGUGCCAGUCAAGGGAAAUGCCAGACCUAUGAUACGCAUCUUCGAUACCGCGGGAACUGAAACCGGUCAUCUAUUGUGGAACCAUGGCAAACUAAUUGCCAUGGGCUGGUCGGACACGGAGGAGCUCAUCUGCAUCCAGGAGAAUGCCACUGUCUUCGUGUACGACAUGUUUGGAAGGGAAAAGGAGACGUACAGCAUCGGCGACGAGGCCAGUGUCACCAAAAUUGUGGAGGCCAAGGUGUUUCAAUCCUCCGCUGGCACCGGAGUGGCUGUAAUGACCACAUCCGGCCGGAUUUUUCUCAAACAGAACAGCAGCAAGACUGAAAGGAAGCUACCUGAUAUUCCUAACUCUAGCCAGAACUGCUCCUGCUGGGAGAUUGUAACCGAGGGACGCAAUAGCUACUGUCUUUUAGGAAGAGAUCGUGAGGUCAUCAAGCUGUUUCCGGGCGAAACGGUGGGCACCAUUACCGCCAAUCUUUUUGAGAAGCCGCACGACCGAAUCAUAAAGAUCUCUGUGUCGUACAACCACCAGCACUUGGCCCUGUAUACCAACACUGGACUUCUAUGGUUGGGCAGCGUGGACAUGCGACAGAAGUAUUGCGAGUUCGAUACAGGCCGCAAGGAUAUGCCCCUGCAAAUGGAGUGGAUCAUGAAUGCAGACAACAGCGAUGCGGAUGCAGUGGUCAUAUCCUAUCCAUCCUAUCUUUUGAUAGUAAAUCGCAACGCAGAUCGCAGCGACUUUCCGUACGAUCCUGUCAUGUUUCUGGUGGCCGAGAUGGAUGGCGUGCGCAUCAUCACGCAGAAUUCGCACGAGAUAAUUCAGCGCCUGCCCAAGUGUGUGGAGAAUAUCUUUGCGGUGAACAGCCAGGAACCGGCAAGCUAUCUGUUCGAGGCACAGAAGAAGUUUGAGGAGAAAUCCUACAAAUCGGACGAGUAUCUCAGCAUGUGUCGCGAAAAGAUCGAGUUGGCUGUCACCGAAUGCAUUGAGGCGGCGUCCUUUGAGUUUUGCCCCGAGACCCAGAAGAGUCUGCUUAGGACGGCAAACUUUGGCAAAGGCUUUAUACGUGGCCACAAUCCCGACGAAUACAUGCGUAUCAUGCGAAUACUGAGGGUACUGAACACUCUGCGUCAUGAGAGGAUUGCCAUGCCGCUUACCUUCAAACAGUUCUCACAUCUUAAUCCCGAGGUGAUACUUAGUCGUUUGGUUUUCCGCAAGCACUAUGCCAUUGCAAUCCAAGUGGCCAAGCACCUUAACCUGCCCGAGUCCUGGAUCUUGGAACAUUGGGCCUACCACAAAGUGAUCAAUGAUCCCAAUGACACAGAAGUGGCGCGUAAGAUCACAGAAAAAUUCAAGAAUCCCUCUGUCGAAGGCAUUUCCUUUUGCAACAUUGCAGCAAAGGCGCAUCAGGCUGGACGGGAUGAUCUAGCCAUUAAACUGUUGGAACUGGAGCCACGUGCUUCGCUUCAUGUACCACUUUUGCUGAAAAUGCGCAAGUUUGAUCGGGCGGUGGGAAGUGCCACGCAGUCGGGAGAUACAGAAUUGAUUACCCAAGUUCUCUUGGAGAUGAAGAUGCACAUGAUGCUGUCUAAUUUACAUAUGACCAUCAGGGAUCAUCCGCUAGCGCUUAACAUGUACAAGAAGAUCAUGCGAGAAUCAAAUCGGGCUGGUCUCUAUGGCAUUUACAACACCGAGGACGAUCAAAAGUCCAUUGCCGAGUAUCAUUUCGAGAACGCCAUUGAAACCGAAGGUCUCGAGUCUAAUCUCUCGAUGAUUGGAAACGCAUACGCCCAGGGGCGCUGCACUUUGGAGGCUGAGCUGUGUGCGGACACCAGUCGAUUACUCAAGCUUCAGAAGACACUUAGCACCAAGUACAAUGUCAGCAGCUUAAACGGAUUGUCAAUACACGACACCAUCCUGGAAUUGCUGCAGAUCGGCGAGUUGAAGGAGGCGGAGCGGAUCAGGAACGAUUUCAAGGUGCCCGAGCGGCGUUUCUGGUGGUUGCGAGUCCUGACCCUCUCCGGACAACACAAGUGGGAGGAACUGGAGAAACUGGCCAAAAGCAAAAAAAGCCCUAUUGGCUACGAUCCUUUUGUCGAGGUCUGUUUAAAACAGGACAACGCAAGCGAGGCGAGAAAAUACAUACCAAGAUGUCGCGACAACCGCAAGGGGAUAUGGUAUAUGCGGGCAAAAUUGUUUAACGAGGCCAUAGAUUCCGCCUUCGAGCAGCGGGAUGUGCACAGUCUGUACGAACUGCAAAAGAAUCAGGCAAUUGUCGAAAAUGGCACACUGCUCGGCAAAGUUUGCAACUAUAUUGCCGCGCUGGAAGGAAAGUAGUCGCAACAUUCCUUACUAUUAGCAAAAUGUUUUCAUUAAAUAAAAGAGUAUUUAUUUAUGUCUAUGCGAA